AUGGAGACCAAGAGACUGCCGAGUCUGUGCCUGUGUCUGUUAUUGGGUUCGGGUUUGACCAUUGGCAAAGUGGAGGAGGAAAACCCCGAGUUCUGGAUCUCGCAGGCCAAGAAGUCUCUGCAGGCAGUGUUGGACAGGAAGCUCAACACCAACGUGGCCAAGAACAUCCUAUUGUUCCUAGGAGACGGUAUGGGUGUGACCACCAUCACUGCUGCUCGCAUCCUGAAAGGCCAGCUGCUGAACCAGACUGGAGAGGAGACCGUCAUGACCAUGGAUACCUUCCCCUAUGUGGGCCUAGCUAAGACCUAUAGCGUGGACUUCCAGAUCCCGGACAGUGCAGCUACAGCCACAGCUUACCUGUGUGGUGUGAAGACCAACCUCAACACGCUGGGCGUGAGUGCGGCCGCACGCAACGGGAUCUGCAAGUCCCAGAAGGGCAACGAAGUCACCUCCAUCCUCAAAUGGGCCAAAGAUGCAGGCAAGUCGGUUGGCAUCGUCACGACAACGCGAGUGCAGCAUGCCACCCCUGCCGCUACCUACGCCCACAGCGCCAGCCGCAAGUGGUACAGCGACGCUGACAUGCCCGCUGCUGCCAAGAAAGAUGGCUGCCUGGAUAUCGCCUCCCAGCUGCUCAAUAACACAGAUAUAGAUGUGAUUAUUGGCGGGGGGAGGAAGCACAUGACCCCUAAGGGCACGGUGGACCCUGAGUACCCCUCAGACCUGGCCUCCAGGGGCAAGAGGGAGGACGGGCGUGACCUCAUCUCAGAGUGGCAGCACAUGAAACUGGGGAAGGUCGCUCGUUACGUGUGGAACAGAACCGACUUUGAUUCCGUCGACCCUGACACCACGGACUACCUGAUAGCUCUGUUUGAGCCUGGAGACCUGCGCUUUGACGUGGAGCGAGACCCCCGCAUGGAUCCCUCCAUCGCCGAGACGACGGAGAAGGCCAUCCGCAUCCUCCGCAGGAACCCCAGGGGCUUCUUCUUGCUGGUGGAAGGUGGGCGUAUUGACCAGGGUCACCAUGCCAGCAGGGCAUCCAUGGCCCUUCAUGAGACGGUUGCCUUGGACAACGCUGUCGCUAAGGGCCUGGAACUGACAGAUGAGAAAGAGACUCUCACCGUGGUUACGGCUGACCACUCCCAUGCCUUCUCUUUUAAUGGAUAUCCCUUCAGAGGGAACAGCAUUCUGGGGAAGUCUCCACUGUGGGCGAAGGACGUUCUCCCCUUCACCACGCUUAUGUACGGCAACGGGCCCGGCUACAAAGUAGUCAACAACAAGCGUCCGGAUAUCCGCAAUGUCAACACAAAGACGAAGGACUACGUCCAGCAGUCGGCGGUCCCGUUGGACACAGAGACCCAUGGAGGCGAGGACGUGGCUGUUCUGGCUCGCGGGCCCAUGGCCCACCUCUUUCAGGGGGUGCAGGAGCAGAGCUACAUCGCCCACGCCCUGGCAUACGCUGCUUGCGUGGGGCAAGACCUGAGGCACUGCCAAGGGGGCCUGGACUCCACCAAGGCCCCCCAGGGUAGCACCACCACCACUGUCAGGAACACAGCUUCUACCUGUGGGCCGUGUGGGCCCCUUUUGAUGGCUCUGACAGCUGUGCUGACUGGAUGGCUGCACUGAGGAAUGGUUGGAUGGUGACAGAGAGAUAGAGCAAGAAAAGGUGUAAAAAUGAUCAGAAUCUCGUUUAGAAAUCAUUUUAAAUUAUGCUUGUGCAUUUACUUUUAAAAGAGAAUAUAUUUGCCAUGUAAGAAUUCUGUAAUACACUUCUCCAUUGUGUGGAAA